AUGUGUUUAAUGAGUCAAGCUCAAAGAUCUAACUCAACAAAAUUCUUCGAUUUUACCACUAAAAUGCAUCUUGUAUAUCGUGCGAUUAUUCUAACCACGUUUUUGGCACUUUAUAUCGAAUGUCAAGGUGGUGGUGGUGGUGGUGGUGGUGGUGCCGCGGGUGGAGGCGGCAGUUUCAUCUAUCACGGAGGGUCAGACAGUUCGUGUACAGGCUCCGAUUGUGCCUUGAUUACAACUGUCGUGUUUAGUAUAAUCGGCGGCAUUUUUGCGUUAUUUGUCUUAAUAUUCGGUAUUAGUUACUGUGUGAAAAGAUACAGAGGCCUGCCACGACAAACAAAUGUGCUGUUUGUUGAAAACCAAAUGUCGAAAACGAACUGUGAGCAUCAGAAAUGCGACCUGAGCAUAUUUAAAUGCGGCUUUUGGAAAAGCCACUACUUUCAAUAUGGAAAAUGGCAUGGUCCUUGUCGAUUUUCUCUCAAAUUCAUAGGCAACUCGAAAACAAUCACUGGAGAAGGAUCUGAUGACGUCGGAAAAUUCACUAUCCGAGGAGUUUAUUCGGAUCAAACAGGUCGACUGGGUUUAACAAAAACGUAUAAAAAAGGGACUGGUAACUCAUCGGAAAAUUUAGGUCAUCAGGUGACCAUUCAACUGACUUGGAACCAGUUAAACAAUCGAUUCGAAGGCACAUGGUACGUCCAAACAAGUAAAUAUCAUGGUGAAGACAAAUUUCAACUGACAUUUGAUGCACCUCAUCUAUCUACUGUUUAUGGCAAAGUUUGA